AUGGAGAAUCUGAUAUCUCUAGUUAACAAGAUACAGAGAGCUUGCACGGCUCUGGGAGACCAUGGAGACUCUAGCGCCCUCCCAACUCUCUGGGAUUCCUUGCCUGCCAUUGCCGUCGUUGGUGGUCAGAGCUCAGGGAAGUCUUCAGUCCUGGAGAGCAUCGUAGGAAAGGACUUUUUGCCCCGUGGAUCUGGUAUCGUUACUCGAAGGCCCCUUGUCUUACAGUUGCAAAAGAUUGAUGAUGGAACUCGGGAGUAUGCUGAGUUUCUUCACCUUCCGAGGAAAAGGUUCACCGAUUUUGCUGCUGUGAGGAAGGAGAUUCAAGACGAGACUGACAGGGAGACCGGACGCAGCAAGGCUAUUUCUAGUGUUCCCAUUCACCUUAGCAUAUAUUCUCCCAAUGUUGUCAACUUGACUCUGAUUGAUCUUCCAGGGCUUACAAAAGUUGCUGUUGAGGGACAAUCUGAAAGUAUAGUGAAGGACAUUGAAAACAUGGUCCGGGCCUACAUUGAAAAGCCCAACUGCAUCAUUUUGGCAAUUUCACCGGCAAACCAAGAUCUUGCGACAUCAGACGCAAUUAAAAUUUCCCGUGAAGUUGAUCCCUCUGGGGAGAGAACAUUUGGUGUCUUGACAAAGAUUGAUCUUAUGGACAAGGGGACCGAUGCAGUGGAAAUUCUGGAAGGGAAAUCUUUUAAGCUGAAAUAUCCAUGGGUUGGUGUUGUCAACCGCUCUCAAGCAGAUAUUAACAAGAAUGUGGACAUGAUUGCGGCUCGGAGAAGAGAGAGGGAGUACUUUUCCAAUACUACAGAGUAUAGGCACCUUGCACAUAAAAUGGGUUCCGAGCAUUUAGCAAAAAUGCUCUCCAAGCAUCUAGAACAUGUAAUCAAGUCAAGAAUUCCAGGCAUCCAGUCGCUUAUUAACAAAACAGUGUUAGAGCUGGAAUCUGAACUUAGUCGCCUUGGAAAGCCUAUUGCAGCUGAUGCUGGGGGGAAGUUGUACUCAAUAAUGGAGAUAUGUCGGCUUUUCGAUCAGAUUUUCAAGGAGCAUCUAGAUGGAGUGCGUGCAGGUGGUGAAAAGGUGUAUAACGUGUUUGAUAACCAGCUUCCGGCGGCUCUGAAGAGACUUCAAUUUGACAAGCAGCUAGCAAUGGACAACAUCCGCAAGCUGGUCACUGAGGCUGACGGUUACCAACCUCACUUGAUUGCUCCUGAGCAAGGUUACCGUCGUCUCAUUGAGUCUUCUAUAGUAUCCAUCCGAGGCCCUGCUGAAGCAUCUGUUGAUACUGUUCAUGCGAUCUUGAAGGAUCUCGUUCACAAGUCUGUGAAUGAGACGGUGGAAUUAAAGCAAUACCCAGCUCUGAGAGUGGAGGUGACAAACGCGGCCAUAGAGUCGUUGGACAAAAUGCGGGAUGGAAGUAAGAAAGCAACACUGCAGCUGGUGGACAUGGAGUGCAGUUACCUCACUGUUGAUUUCUUCAGGAAGCUUCCCCAAGAUGUUGAGAAGGGUGGUAACCCCACGCACUCCAUUUUCGACCGCUACAACGACUCCUAUCUCAGACGAAUCGGUAAGUCAGAGCAUAUCCUUUAUAUUUUUAUUCUGAUGCAGUAUCUAUACAUUUUCUACCUCACACACCUGGCAACAGGAUCGAAUGUUCUGUCUUACGUGAACAUGGUCUGUGCUGGACUGCGAAAUUCAAUCCCCAAGUCCAUCGUCUACUGCCAAGUCCGAGAAGCCAAGCGCAGCCUCCUCGACCAUUUCUUUGCUGAGCUCGGUACCAUGGACAUGAAGAGGCUAUCUUCACUUUUGAAUGAGGAUCCAGCGAUCAUGGAGAGACGAAGCGCCAUAUCUAAGAGGCUGGAGUUGUACCGAGCUGCUCAAUCGGAGAUAGACGCAGUCGCUUGGUCCAAGUGAAACGAGCAUCACAUACCGAUUGGUCAGUGUGGUUCAGAGCAGGAAGGGACAUUUAGGUUGUGUAAGAUGAUCUUCCCUGGAAGACGAUAUCAUGCCAUGUCAUUUUAUUACUACAUAACAACGUUUGUUUUGCUGCCUCUUUGUUUAUGUUCGUUUUUGGCUAUCAUUCAAUAUGCCUGAGCUCUUGCUUGACAUAUGGACGAUAUUGCUUAUUAUGUAGAGAGAUGUUCAAUCUCUUAGUGUGAUUAUUAAAAUCUUUUUUAUUAUUCAAUCUUUUUAUUUUUUUAAAUGUGUGUUCUCAUAUCCUUUCCUUUCGUGUAUGUUGCUAUCAAUAAUAGUUUAAUGUUUUUCUCAGCCGGCCAAUGUAUGUAUGUAGGAUUGCAG